CUUCCUCAGGCAAGCUGGAUACCCCAGCAAAACUACGCAUCGUUUUUGAAGAGAGCGAUAUUCGCAAAAUGACUCUUCCCUCAGGCUUACCAAGUACUCUCACAGAYCUUUUCAAUGUAAUCAGAGAGACUUUCAACAUUCCAGGGGAUUUUACUGUCCUCUAUCAAGACAUGGACUUUGGAGGCCARUUUUUUACUCUGAGCUGCAUUGAAGAGGUGGAAGACAGGGCAACAUUAAAGAUUGUGCAAACACAGCCAAUUGUGCUGAAUGUGAGUUCUGUGGAAGACUCAGAGGUUGACUACCCACUACCAGAAGAAUCCUCAGACAACUCCUCUCCCGACUCAUCAGGAUCUCAGGACACCAUCCUUCUCUCAUCCUCAGAUGAAAGUGGGACAUCUCGUCGUAYUCAACUUUGGCCUGCCAAAUUUGAAAUACCUACYUUUUCCUAUGAUGUAGAACUUCAGCUGGAAGCUGGAAACCAAGCAUUCCUCAAYGAUGGCACACUGCUCAAUGACCCGAGAUUGACAAGUAGCAUACUAGAGAAGCUGGCAGAAGUGGUAUUUGGCUACACAGCAUACCCCACUGGGAUCCAGAUAUUGACUGUGGUUGAAGCUCUAACUGAAAAGUAUCCAUGCCUCAAAGAGCCAGGAUCUUUUAAUGGCCUGURUGGAUGGCAGCAGAGGAUCAAAUAUAAAAUGGGAAAUUACCGGGCAAAAUUAAGAGGUCGCCAACUUGUCUGUCCAGAGUUGGAGGUGAACUCACUGAAAAAGCAGAGGAUUAAUGAAGAAGGUUCAAGCAAAGGCAUCAAAAGGCCUAAGAAAGCUGAAGUGAACUACCUGCCUCCACUUCCUUUGGGAGAAACAGAAGACACUUUGGAGAAGGAGAGACUAAAUCUUUUGCAAGAAAUGAAGAAAAAAAACAACGAGAAGGUGAUUGCAGAGAAAAUGGAUAGAUGUUUCGCCUAUCGACGACUAGAAGUUGUAAAGAAGUGUCCUGCCAUCCAAGAUUUCCAGGAGAGAUGGCCUGCGCUUUUCUCUGAAGCUCAG